UCAGUCUGUGCAGUCUUUGUGUUGGCUUUGGUUAGUUACGGAUUUUCUCUGAACCAGCGGCUCCAUCUACAUCGAAAUGGCUGAUCAGCUUACAGAAGAGCAGAUUGCUGAGUUCAAGGAGGCAUUUUCGCUCUUUGACAAGGAUGGAGACGGCACCAUCACCACCAAAGAGCUGGGCACAGUCAUGCGCUCUUUGGGCCAGAACCCCACAGAGGCAGAGUUGCAAGACAUGAUCAAUGAAGUGGAUGCUGAUGGAAAUGGAACGAUAGACUUUCCAGAGUUCCUGACUAUGAUGGCCAGGAAGAUGAAGGACACAGACAGCGAGGAGGAGAUCAGAGAAGCAUUUCGUGUCUUUGACAAGGAUGGCAAUGGAUACAUCAGUGCUGCUGAGCUGCGCCAUGUGAUGACAAACCUUGGAGAGAAGCUGACUGAUGAAGAAGUAGAUGAGAUGAUCAGAGAAGCAGACAUUGACGGAGAUGGACAGGUCAACUAUGAAGAGUUCGUACAAAUGAUGACGGCAAAGUGAAGGUCUUGUACAAAUUUCGUAUAUAAAUAAUUUGCCUUUUUUUUUUUUUUUGUGUGUAAUUUAUCUGUAAAAUCUUAAUAGCCCCCUCUGCUGUCCAAAGGAACUGCAUGUAAACUGCAUAGGCUCUUGUCCCAUGUCCUUUUCUUUUGCUGUCAUGGUGUUUUGGAGUGACAGAAUGGUCAUACAACCAGAUGCCUGUGGAAGCCCCUGGGAGUCGGAGAACUUUAAAUCUUCCCGUCUUAUGUGCUCAGGGCCCGUCCACGCAUGGCGACAUUGGAAACUUGUCAGCAAGUUGUCACUUGGCAACACUGUUGGCAUGGAAACAAUGUAGAGGAGUUCAAACUCUGCAUGGACUAUGGACAAAGUAUAUAUGGAAAUCUCUCAGCAUUGCACUACUGCAAAGAAUGACACGGGUGUAUCUCCUCGGUACUCGUACAAACUCUUUUUGUAUCUGCUGUUCUAUAUUCCAGAAAAUGACUAAUCUUACCAUGCUUUUUAAUGUUUUACUCACCAACUCUUUUUUUUUAAUGACUUCUGGUCAUGCCUCAAAUAAUCCAUUCCAAGUUGUAUAUUUUUGUUUUCCAAUAAAAAUUACAAUCUACCCGGUUUUGAAAAUUGUCUUGUUUUCUAAGUUCUAAUGGAUCCUUGAGUUUGUAUACCCUGUAAUAAUUCCCAUUUUUGUAUUGAGGACAGGAUGCUCCGUUUUUGAUAGGAUCUCUUUUUUUCUUGUUUAUAAUACAUAUGAAAUGUUUACCUUGUUUUUUUAAUUGUCCCCUGUUAAUUUCCAAAAGCACUGAGGAGCAUCAGCCAAUGCCUCUUAAUGUUCAGAUAAGCUCAUCAAAUCUGUAUUGUCAUUAAAAUAAAAAGCACUGAGUGGGAUCAACGGCCUCUAUUUUUAAGUGAACACAAUGGUACUUGACAUUGAAUUAGCAUUUACUGUUCAGAUCCCUUACUGACUGCAUAGGCCAUGUGUUGUCUACUACUGUUAGUGCAGCGCCAUGUAGAAGCUUGUCUGCCUCAUGUCUUACUUGGCAUUUGCCCCCAAUUACAAGGUGCAGGGGAUUGAUCAGAAACCAUGGUGUAAAUAGAGGUGUACCUGUUUUAGUUGAAUUGUUUUUGUUAUUCUGAUUAUUGAGUUUGUUACAGUAGCUUGCAGAGAUACUAAGUUUGUUAUUUUGUUGAAUGACUAAAUAAAGCUCUAUUGUGGACCUCA